UUCCACUAUUCUCUAUUCCCAAUGCCUGUAGAAUUUUCUCUUUAUAUUUGUGUUAACUCCUUUGUGACUAUCUUUUUUUUGUAUAACACAAAUUCACACUAGGAGGCCAGGACUGUCUAAAUAUAACUCACUAUAGUUGACAAAACAAUCUUUUCCAUUUUUUCAAAUCAAAGGUUAAGAUAUAGCCUUAGUUAUUUCGAGAAUCUUUUAAAACAAAAUAGUAUAAGUAUUAUCAGACUUAUCACGCUGCGCUUCACUUCUGUCCAAAGAGAAGAAAAAAAACUUUAGUUCGUACGGUCGCAUUAACUUCGAAGAAGACAGGAUGUUAGCCCAAUAUAUAUCAAUAUUUAUAGACCUUAUAAGGAGGCAGACAUUAUUUGAAUCCCAACAUUUAGAUGCUUAGAGAUACGAUUCAAUAACCUUCUUUGUCACAUUAUCACUUAACAAGAAAUCAGGAAUCGGCUAAUUUUUUUAAAGAGAAAACAAUAUAAGUUAGUAAGCAUAUAUAUUUGUGUUGAUUUGAUUAUCAACCUGAUGAUUGAAUCUUUAAUUCAGCAAACUCAAAGCUUGAUAAGAAAUUUAAAUACUAAAUCAAAGAGCAUGUGUAAUGUGAGUGUGAUGAACCCUUCUUUUCCAAACAAAUUUUAUAUAAUUGAUGGGUUAUAGCUACAUUCGGCUGGUAAACUCAUUAUCAUUUGCGUCUGAUAAGAGGAUUCCUUACAACACAAUCACCAGCUAGCAAGUGACAACAUACGACUCAAUUACGGCAUUUCAAAAUAGUACACUUGUAAGCUUGUUACUAGCUCGGUCUUUGACUUUUCUUAGGUUAUGUGCCAGGAGAUGAUAAGAUCGACUCUAGGUCAAUCAUCGUCCUUUAAAAGACAAAAAAACGAACACUUUGGUUUACUCAAUUAACUCUCACAUGCAAUAUGAUAAGGGACCCAUAUGAUAAUCCACGCUACUCAUUUUUUUUUUUUUGGUAAAUAUGACUAUCCACGCUACUUUUUUUUUUGAUAAACUUUAUCGGCUAAUCCGGUCGGGUUGCCUAUACAUAAAUGACCAUGAUAUAUAUUUAGAUUAUGGCAUUUAAUUAAGGAAUGCAGACCUAACUUAAAACUUAACUCAUAUCAAAUAUCUAAUCUUUCACAAAAUGAUAAUAAAACAAAACGUAGCAUACAAUACCAGUCAUCAAUACCAGUGAUGACCGCAGAAAUGAUGGAGACCAACAAAAAAUUAUUAAGAAUUUUAAUAUUUUGAAAGAUUAUCCCUAUGUAUAUUAAAUCAUAAAAAUAAACUUAUUAAGAUAAUAUUUCAUUUCACUAAGCUUAAAACUGGCUCUGCAUUGCAAAUAGUGCAACCCUCAACAAAAUCCCAACGCAUUUUCCUACAAUGCUUUCAACCUGAGGCUAUAGAAAACAUGACGGUGACAAAUAACGUUGGUAACGUUGUAUAUACUAAGUUUGGUGAAUAGAUGUUCCAUCGAGUCCCAGCCACAUAACAGUUACAAGACUACACAAUGAACAUCACUCUCUAGCUACACUUUAUUAAGACCAUUUCUAAAUUUCUUAUUUUGCCAAGAACCUACCUAACAUUACCUUUAAAGAGAGAAUGAAACAGGACAGUAGGACAAUAAAUUCCUUUUUCGCCGGAGAAAAUUCAAAGGUUGUUGAUGGUUUCCUGACCUCCUUAUUUCCGAGAUAAGCAAUCAAAGUUUGUCGUUAUCAAAUUAGAUAUGACAAUAAGUUAUCAUUUGAAAUGCGAGGAGAUAUACAGGUGAGCGCGCGUAAGAGAUUUGAAUAAGUGGAUAUGUAGUUUCUAGAUUUGCUUUGAAUUUGGAUCAUUAAUAGAUAGCGUACACGGCUUUUUUAAUGUAAACUUCAAACCUCUAUCAACGCGUUUACUAUUGCAUGAAAAUAUUUAAUGUGCCAACUCAUCUCAGUUCGUGAUUAACUGAUCAACCACGUAGGAGGUAUUUUUAUUUGUUGUGAAUUGAUGAAUCACGUAACUAGUAUGAUAUCUACUCUUUUUCAUGUCAACAAUUAUAUAAUAUGAUAUGGCAAGUGAUGUUUGACUUUUUUUUAAACGGUGGUUAAGAUAGCAAUUAGGUAUAUUAAUUUAUACUACUACAUUUACAAAAUAAGCAAUUAUUGCAAUUAUUUUGUAUUUUAGUUUUUUUAUUUUUCUUAAUUUUCUCUAGAAAAUAUCAUGUAUUUUUUUUUCUUCUUUGUUGAAAUUAACGAUUUGACCUAUUCAUUUGCAUGUGACAAUUCAAAACAUGUAUUAAUUUAUUUUUGGUCAAUGGUGGCAAAUCAUGUAUUCUUGACAAAAUUGGACGUUGUGUUCUAAAAAAGAGUUUUGAAAAUAAGUUUUUUUUCUUCUAAGAAACAAAGAAACUAUGUACACGGUGUAGAUUAUUCUAGUUUCUACACAUCCAAACAGAUGAUAUAUUUAUUGAUAUUUUUUGUUAAUUAGUACUCCAUUAUUAAUUCUAAAACUAUAACAAUAGUACGUAGCUACUUAGUUUAUGCAAUAUAGAUUCAUAAGUCUAUCUAGACAUUAUCACAUAUAUAAUUCGUCACAAAAUUUCACAAUAUUACCUUUUUAUUCUGGUAGAGAUCACUAUCAGAUAACAAGUUCUUUUAAGAAAAUAGAUAAAGAUAAUUAAUCACGUACUUUAAAAACCAUACGUCAACAGCUAACAAAAGUCUUCAAGGAAUAAAAUAGUCAAAUAAAGAACCAAUAGAAUUAUUAAACAUUUCAAAUAGCAAAAAUAGAAAUAAUGAAAACCAAAAAAGAAACGUGACACGAAAGAAAAGAUGGAAGCUGACCUAUGGCUCUCCUUCAUCCACUACUUAAGGAAUAUAAAUGACCUUUUCUUUCCGACUCAGUCUUCAAAGAUAAGCAAAAAAGUAUAUUUUGGCAAAUAUUCCGAAAGCCCUUUUUAGAAUCCUGAUCGAGAAACUCAAGAUGACUAUGUCGGAGAACCAAAGAAACCUUGAAGCUGGGUUGUUACUGAACAAGAACCGAAACGACAUCAACGAGUGUCGUAUCACUGCCGUUGUGAUCUUCAGCACCUUUGUAUCUGUUUGUGGCUCUUUCUGCUUUGGCUGUGCGGCAGGUUAUUCAUCAGUUUCUCAAACAGGGAUCACAACAGACUUAGGUCUCUCGGUUGCACAAUACUCCAUGUUUGGGUCACUAAUGACUUUUGGAGCCAUGUUUGGUGCCAUCUUUAGUGGAAAAGUCUCAGAUCUCAUUGGUAGAAAAGGGACAAUGUGGUUUGCUCAAGUUUUUUGCAUCGCCGGUUGGCUUGCAAUAGCAUUUGCACCGGACACAGUUUGGCUAGAUGCUGGAAGGUUUUCCACUGGAUUUGCAGUUGGUUUAUUUAGCUACGUGAUACCAGUUUAUAUCGCAGAAAUAACACCAAAACAUGUCAGAGGAGCAUUUGUAUUUUCUAAUCAGCUGAUGCAAAGUUGUGGGUGUUCAUUAUACUACGUCAUUGGAAACUUUGUUCAUUGGCGUAAUUUGGCUUUAAUUGGUCUGAUUCCAUGUGCUUUGCAAGUUGUGACUUUGUUCUUCAUUCCAGAGUCUCCUAGAUUACUGGGGAAAUGGGGACGUGACAAAGAAUGUAAAGCUUCAUUGCAGCUUCUCCGUGGAGAUGAAGCUGAUGUCUCUGAAGAAGCCAACGCUAUCAAAGAAACCAUGGUGUUAUUUGAUCAAGGACCAAAAUCUAGAAUUAUGGAUUUGUUCCAGAGGAGAUAUGCUCCAUCUCUUGUUAUUGGUGUGGGGCUAAUGCUUCUGCAACAGCUCUCUGGAAGCUCAGGGGUUAUGUUCUAUGUCGGUAGCGUAUUUAAUAAAGGAGGAUUUCCAAGCGACAUUGGCUCAAUGAUUCUCGCAGCGAUCAUGAUACCAAAAGCUUUAUUGGGUCUGAUUUUGGUUGAGAAAAUGGGCCGAAGGCCUCUUCUACUGGCCUCUACUAGUGGAAUGUGCCUUUGUAGCUUGCUCCUCGCAUUUUCCUUCAGCUUUCGGUCAUAUGGCAUGCUCGAUGAGCUUACUCCUAUUUUUACAUGCAUCGGUGUAGUGGGCUUCAUCUCUGCAUUUGCCGUAGGCAUGGGAGCCUUACCAUGGAUCAUCAUGUCCGAGAUUUUUCCAAUGAAUGUUAAAGUUUCAGCUGGGACUAUUGUUACCUUAGCCAACUGGUCCUUUAGCUGGAUUAUAGCUUUCGCGUUCAAUUUCAUGAUAGAAUGGAACGCAUCAGGAACAUUCUUGAUCUUCUUUAGUAUCUGCGCUGCGGGUAUAGUCUUUAUUUAUGCAAUGUUACCCGAAACCAAAGGACGAACAUUAGAAGAUAUACAAGCUUCUCUUACAGAUUUUCUACAAUGAGAUUGAGAUGUACAUGUGCAUAGUUAUUCUUUUCUUGGAUACAAAAUAGGGGAGGUUUAUAGUAUUUUUUUGUUAUAAUUAUUUGUACAAUAGAGAGAAGGGAUGAUCAUCACUUGAACAAGAAACAUUUUUAGAUCUCUAUGUCUCUCUUUGUGUGUUACACAGCUACUCCCACAUUUGUAUAGUAUUGUCCCAGUUUACGCAAAAAAGGAAUUAUAAAAUCAUGGCCGACUAUAAUUAUGGUUUUCGGCCUCUUUCAUGUAA